AUGGCUUUAUCCAGAUGUUCUGUGUGCUUGGCCUUGCAGCCACAAGUUGAAGUUCCUGUGGAUUUGCAGUCUCUUCCCUCUCUUUCUUCUCAAGCUAGUUCUGCUGCUCUGUCUCCCCCCUCUGUAGUUAUUGUGCUGGCCCUGGCUGAAAAUAUUGUUGUUGCUGUUUCCUCUGCUCUGACAGAGUUUGUGGGUGCUGUGGUCCCACAGGGUGCCUGGAAUCAUCCAGCACCCCCUCCUGCAAGACUGACAAUGGUAGUCCCAGACCAUCUUUACUCAAAUGCUGCCAGCCACUACUUUUGCUGGUGCUUUGUGGGCCAACCUGGUGGUUCUCCCAGGCCUCCCACCCCAUACUGGGGCACAAGCUUUGUCUGCCCAUGA